GAUUCCUCCCAAUUCAUCCGUAAAGUGCCUAGUGGAUUUUUUUUUCUGAAAAAGGCUGGAUUCUUGCAAAAUGGAAUAAAUGUGUCCUUCAUAGGUUGGUCCUAGUGGUUUUUUAAAAAAUGUAAUGAAUUUUUCUUGUACUGCCCAGUUUCUUCUUGCUUUUACUCCCAGAAGUUCAAGGUGUACUUAAAUAAAGAGCAACUUGUUGCUGUAACAGAAAAAGUCAUUUCUUCUGGCCAAGCACAAAGACAGGAAGCCAAUUACUUGAAAGGUGAAGAAAGGAGCGCUUGGUAAAACGCCCUCGGAGAUUGCCGCCAAGAUGUUGCUGCCGCCGACGGUGUCUUGCUGGCCCGGCCGGCGGGCGCUCUCCUUAGCUGCCCUGAUGCUGGUCAUUUUCAUCUGCUUGAGUCCCGGUGUUUCAAGAGGAAAUAAACUUAAGCUGAUGUUUCAAAGACAGGAAGCUCCUGCUCCAGUAAAGGCAGAUGUGUCUGUCAAAGAAGAUAAGGCCAAGGAGUUUUUGAACAGCCUGAAACGUCAGAAGCGCCAGCUGUGGGAUAGGAGUCAACCUGAUGUACAGCAGUGGUACCAACAAUUCCUCUACUUGGGCUUUGAUGAAGCUAAAUUUGAAGAUGAUGUCUCCUAUUGGUCAAACCUAGGCCGUAGUGGCCACGAGUAUUACGGUGGUUAUUACCAUCACCAUUAUGAUGAAGAUGCACCUAUUGGCCCACGAAAUCCACAUACCUUCAGGCAUGGAGCAAGUGUCAAUUAUGAUGAUUAUUAAUCUCAUUUUUUCUUCUCUUUGCAAUACACGAGGAAGACUGAUAGCCUUUUAUGCUCCUUUGAAAUUAAUUAGUUGAUUAUAAACACUAAGAAAAAAUUAAAUGUUUUUAUAUCCACUCAGUAGCAUACAAUGUAUGAGUUAGAAUUAAAAUUUCCUGGGGUUUUUUUUACCAGUGUUUUGGUGAAAUAAUUUAACUCAGCAUGGAUCAUCUUAUGACAUUUCUGUCGCUUGAAUUACAUUCCAGUCUAACAGUGGACAACCUAUGUCAUAUGGCUUAUUGCAGAAACAAUGGCUUACUAAUUGCAAAGCAGUAUGUAGGAUUACAAUAGUUUAUCUUUAAUCCUCCAAGGCAGCAGUAUAGCACAGCUGCAUUUAUAAAGCAUCAUUAUACUAUAAUUGGACAAGGGACACCACCACCUCCUAUUUAGCACCCUUGUCAGAUGCAUUUCAGGAACAACCAAUUAGGCAAUUCACUGCUCACAAGCAUCUAGCGGCAACUAUACUUCCAAUACUGCAGAGGUAGACCUGUGUGAACAAUGUAUAUAAAAGAGUUCUCUCUGGCCAGUUUCACAUCUUAAUACUAAACCAUGGUUUAGUGCUGGGUGGAUGAACCUGAAUGAACCCAAGCAAAAUAUGGGGCUCACAUGCUCUCCUGCCCUCUCCACCUCCUGUGCAGCCACAAGGAUGACUUUGGCAGAGCUUCAUUUCACUUUUACAGAAUCCCAAAAUAAUUUUGAAGCUGUCUUGUUAAACAACAGUUUGUGUUAAACCACUGUGCCUGGUUUAGACAUGCCAAAGUUGGCAUUCUGUAAAAGUGAAACUAAACUCUGCUGAAAUCCUCUUCCACAUUGGGGGGGGGGUAUGGUUGAGCCAGAUGCUUUGGUUGAGCUCAUUCAUGCCUGUCCAUGUAGUGUUAAACUAUGGUUAGAAUUACAUGUGACCACAGACAAUGUGCUUUACUUAAAGCAGGGAUGGGAAACUGGAUCCAGUUGGUAGGUUGGAUCCUUACUUCCCCCAGCCUCCACAGACCAAGUUUGACAGGUGGGCAGAGCUGUCUAUCUGACGUCAAAACUGACUUAAAAGGAUUACUGGUACAGGCUAGGACAGACAAAAGCUGCCUGUACUGCUGUCACAGCUCUGAUGUUUUAAACACAGCAUAUUACUACAGUGGCUGUGCAUAAUUCUCCUGCCACUGUAGUCCUUGAUGAGGGCAGUCAGGAAGAGCAGAGGUUGAACAACCAUCCCUACAGGUGCAUGCAUUCCAUCCAAACAAACUUGUUCGGUGUUAAAAUGGUAAAGAACAAAGCAAAUAUCAGGGGACUGGAAUGUGGGUUACUUACUAAGAUCCAGAUCAUUUUCUAAUCCUUUAAAUAAAGAUCAUACUGUUUGUGUACUUGUAAACUAGGUGAACAUGAAUAACUGGUGGGAAUGAGUGAAUUAGUACUGCAAAUAGCAGUGUAGUGUCAUCUGUGUUUGCUACAGGUAACAAAAAAUGGGCAAGGUAUAUUAUUAUUAAAGUCCAUGGGAUUAGCCUUGACUAGCCUGCACUUCAUGAAAAGCACUCAGCUUAAAACCUUACACACUACUGGUCAAAGACUACCAGUUACUGGGGGGGGGGAACACCACAAAUGUAAGUUUGGUUUUGGUUGCUAUAUCUUUUGUCAAUAUGCAUGAGCGCACAACUACCACCAUGGUAUUCUUACAUGAAAAAGUGAAAUAUGUAAGUUUCAUAUUUUAUUAAAAUAGCAUAUUCAACCACUGGUAACCAAUAAUA